UAUUGGGCCAACCUGAGGGUGUGGGCCGCUCCCGAUUGGUUUAGAGGAGGGGGCGGGAGAGAGGCGUGUCCUGAUGGCAUGCCAGCCCCUAAAGUAUCCCUACCGCUCAGGAUUGUGGGAAGGAGAGGAAGUAACCGGAGACGAAAAAAAUAUAAACUGCAGCAACACUUACGGGCCUGGACCGGCCCUGUUGCCGAGCUGGGGUUCCCUCCCACCAACCGGGGGAGCUCCGCCCUUACGCCCCGCCCAAGCCGGGGAAUCAGGUGACCGCGGCCCGGCAAAGUCACGUGGCUGGGGCGCGCCCGCCCGUCGUGGCCAUGGCGGCCCCAGGUUCCAGUGUGGUAAGGCGAGUGGAAGAGCUCGGGGACCUGGCUCAGGCUCACAUACAGCAGCUUAGCGAAGCCGCCGGCGAAGAUGAUCACUUUUUAAUUCGGGCUUCUGCAGCUCUAGAAAAAUUGAAACUUCUGUGUGGAGAAGACAAAGAAUGUUCAAACCCAUCAAAUCUUCUAGAACUUUACACACAGGCCAUUUUGGACAUGACAUAUUUUGAGGAGAACAAACUAGUAGAUGAAGAUUUUCCCGAGGACUCUUCACAGAAAGUAAAAGAGCUGAUCAGUUUUCUUUCAGAACCAGAAAUUUUAAUUAAAGAAAAUAAUAUGCACCCAAAACCCUGCGAUUUGCUUGGGGAUGAACUUCUGGAAUGCCUCUCUUGGAGGAGAGGUGCUCUACUCUAUAUGUAUUGUCAUUCUCUGACCAAAAGGAGAGAGUGGCUCACAAGAAAAUCCAGUUUGCUUAAAAAGUAUCUUAUUGAUGGAAUCAGUUACUUGCUACAGAUGCUAAAUUACCGGUGUCCUAUCCAGUUAAAUGAAGGAGUUUCUUUCCAAGACUUAGACACAGCCAAAUUACUGAGUGAAGGAAUAUUUAGUGACAUUCAUUUGCUGGCUAUGAUGUACAGCGGAGAAAUGUGUUACUGGGGAUUGAAGCAUUGUGCAGAUCAACAGCCAGAAAAUCAUGAAGUGGAUAGUGGUGUUUCCGGAGCAAGCUACACGACACAGAAAGAACCCUUGGAUUUCCGAGAAGUAGGAGAAAAAAUUUUGAAAAAGUAUGUAUCUGUGUGCGAAGGACCCCUGAAAGAACAAGAAUGGAAUACAGCAAAUGCAAAACAAAUUUUAAACUUCUUUCAGCAUUAUACCAACCAAUUAUUUUUAGGUCUAUCUUGAAGCUACGCUUCAGCGAUUAAAAUCAAGUCACCUCAUUGCUUUAGAUGGAUAAAAAAUGGGCAAAAUAGAAGAUUGUGACUAGUAUUUAGACUCCCAUUUCCAGAAUAAGGUAAAUAAUGCAAUGCCACAAGAGAAUUGUUUGAUUUUUUUUCACCAUGUAUUACUAAUAGAAUUUAAAAUUUUUAUGCUAUUGGGCAUUAUAUAACCAUUUUCAAAUGAUUUUCCUGUUUUGUUAAAAGAAAAUGGAUGGCUUAUCAAAUGAGUAAUGAAGAUGAAACCAAUUUAGGUUAGUCCAUCAUUAGCUCAUAUGUGUUUAGAGCACACCUUUUUGGAUGUAUUGAAAUUUUAAUAUUUUUGUCUUUAAUAAUAGAGAUGGCCAGAGAACCUAACUUUCUAUCUUGCUUACAGUAUUUCUGUCUACCUCAACUCCUCUUGUCAUCUUGGGAUGAUCUGUCUAAUACCUUGCUGAUAUCCUUGACUUCUGUGCCAGUGACUUCAUCACAUUCCAGGAACUUACUCCCAUGGCUACACCUUGAAUGGAAAUCACCACCUUGUGUUCUCUUUCUGAAAUCUUAAAUUGCAGUAACCGAUAACAAUUCCUAUCUUUCCAGCUUUUUCACUUCCUCAUUUUUGUUGAUUUUUCUUUCCCUGUAUUUCUAUUCUUUUUUUUUUUUUAAUUUUUUUUUAACAUUUAUUUAUUUUUGAGACAGAGAGAGACAGAGCAU